AAAAAAAAAAAAAGAGUCCAGUCCAGCCCAGAGCUCUGAGUAGAUUCAGACCACGAUUGUGUAGCUCUGGUUCCUUUCCUUGAUCCUGGUAGACACAGGGGCGAGGGCAAACAACAAAAUCCUGGGAACACUGAGAGAAUAAUCCCAGACUUUGAGAUGACCCAUUCCCAUCCCAGGUAGAGGGCCUUAUGUUGACCUGGGUGGGAGAAUCAGAGUGGUCCUGAAAAAGGACUGACCCCUCCCCACCUCCUAGGUCUUCAAUGCCCCAAAGCCAAAGUGGACCCAGCUCUCUGGGAGGAAGUUACAGAACUGGGCGCUACGUGGACAAAGUAUCUGACCUCAGCCUUUUUGGGGGUCUCCCAGCCAACCACGUCCUUGUGAACCAGUAUCUGCCUGGGGAGGGCAUCAUGCCCCACGAGGACGGGCCACUCUACUACCCGACCGUCAGCACCAUCAGCCUGGGCUCCCACACCAUGCUGGACCUCUACGAGCCGCGGCAGCCAAAGGAUGAUGACCCCGCAGAGCAGCCCCGGUCCCCGCCCCGGCCAGCUACCUCGCUGCUGCUGGAACCGCGCAGCCUGCUGGUGCUCCGAGGCACCGCCUACACGCGCCUCCUCCACGGCAUCGCGGCUGCCCGCGUGGACGCGCUGGACGCCACCUCCCUGCCGCCCAAUGCCGCCGCCUGCCCGUCGGCGCGGCCCGGAGCCAGCCUGGUGCGGGGCACGCGCGUCUCGCUGACCAUCCGCCGCGUGCCCCGCGUGCUGCGCACCGGCCUCCUGCUCGGCAAGUGAAGCCAGGCGCCCGGCCCGCUCGCAUUCCCCGGCUCUGCGCCUCUUCCCUCCUGGCAGCUGCGACCCUGUGACCUUGGAACCCUGGGGCCGAGGCGGGAGACACCCCUUCCCCCGCCGCGGGUUAUCUAUUUUCCCUGUAACUUGGUGGAAACUACAGGAAGAGGUUGCAUUUCAAAUAAACCAAUAAAAAUC